GAGAUUUCUCUUAUGACCUCACCUUCUGUAAGUGAAUCAGAGUCUGUUUCACUUUCCCUUUACCUUCAGCUGCUCACCUGGCUCAAGGUCCACCCCUGCAUGGGCUGGGCUUCCCCAGCCUGGAGCUCCCCUAGUGGCAGGUGAGUUUUCACUUUUCCUACAUCAGCUGGGAUUGCCCCUCUGUUCAGGCUAAAAGCUGCACCAUGGAGCUCUGCAGAAUUGCACCUCAGCAGUGCUGCAAGUUCAGAGACACAGACAGAGCAGCAGGCUGAGACCCAGAAGAGGAGACUGAGAAGAGACACCAAACAAGGCUGAGUGAGACCCAGGUGACAGCCUCUGAGUGGACACUUGGAUCCCCAUCUGCUGACAGAGACCAGAGACCAGAGGCCAGGAUGAAGCCCGACUUGGCUGUGUGUUGCACGCUGGUGCUGGUGCUGAUGCUGAUGGCCUCGGUGCUGACCAGGACAGGAGCAGCUCCUGCCCCUACGCCCCCCAGGACCCACCUGGGUGCAAGGGGCUGCCACAUGGGCCAGUUCAAGUCUCUGUCGCCACAAGAGAUGAAGGCCUUCAAGAGGGUCAAGGACGCCCUGGAAGAGUCGCUCCUGCUUAAGAACUGGAGCUGCGGCUCCCGCCCCCUCCCCAGGACCCGGGACCUGAGGCAGCUGCAGGUGUGGGAGCGCCCUGUGGCCUUGGAGGCUGAGCUGGCCCUGACACUGAAGGUCCUGGGGACCUUGAAGAACUUGACCCUGGGGGACAUCCUGGACCAGCCCCUGCACACGCUGCACCACAUCCACUCCAAGCUUCAGGCCUGUGUCCCAGCUCAGGCCACAGCAGGCCCCAGGCCCCGGGGCCCCCUCCGCCAAUGGCUGCAUCGCCUCCGGGAGGCCGGGAAGAAGGAAUCCCAGGGCUGCCUUGAAGCCUCUGUCACAUUGAACCUCUUCCGCCUCCUCACCCGUGACCUGAGAUGUGUGGCCGCUGGAGACCUGUGUGCCUGACCCUGACACCCACUGGCAACCUGUCCCAGCCUCUUGGAUUUUAUUUAUGCAUGCCCCCCCUUUUUGUAAUUUAUUGACUCCCACCCACUAUUUAUAUAUUUAUGGGUGUGAAUUGUCAAACUCAGACCCGACAAAAUAUUUAUUUUUAUACUUUUUGUAAAA